GGCGUCUUUAAUUUUUCAAUUUUGAAGCAUUGCCGCCUUUAUAAAACAAACUGAGUGUAUUUUAUAAUAGAGCUGGAACAUAUAAAUGACGUGACACGUUAUUUGUUUCGGUAGUUCAACUUCUAAUAAGUUUUGUUAAUCGUCUUCAUGUAUAAUAACAGGUUUUGAGUUGUUGGUUUUUCUUCCAAUUUGUUACGUGUGAUCUCAGCCGGACUGCCGUGUUCCACUUGACAAUUGUAACACGUGAUCACAGCGGUGACCGACAACUAAGAACCUAUCAUUCCGGGCUCCCACAGGUUCUUAGUUGUCCGUCAGGUGUGUGGAGAUGGGGUACGUUAUCAGUAAUCACACGUGUAUCACUCAAACUGAUCCUGUUUGCUCCUUCAGAAUGAUUAAUGGAUCGAUAUUGGCAAUCAUUUCGAUACUAGGUUUGCUACUGAGUGCCUUUGAGAUCUAUAUUCUACGGUUCAAAAUCAGACUAGCUGCUUGUCAGAAUUUGUUUAUCAUGAACGUGGCAUUGAGUGACAUUCUAGUUUCAAUAGUGGGAACAUUUAGAGGCCUGGGGAUCAUAUCCGGAAAGUUUGUGGGGGCACCAAGCAAUACUGCCACACAGUUCUGCGUUGUAUACGCUAUUUGCCUGGCAACCUUAACGAACUCAGGAACCCUGACCCUUCUGCCCCUCACAGUGGAUAGAUUAGUUGCUGUUACCUUCCCUCUACACCACACCUCUGUCAUGACAACCCGCAACAGUAUAGCCAUAAUUGUAGGGGGCUGGCUGCCACUCCUCGCUCUGCUCCUUUAUGACACCAUUGAGUACAUGACUGGGGCUAUAGCGAUAGAGUACCAAGAACGUUACCACAGAUGCAGUAUAGGGCGCAAUUCUCCCAUCCCUCACCUGUGUGCCCUCUUCAUACCGUUUCUCCUUGUCCUCAUUAUGUACAUUAUCAUGCUUACCAUCAUCAUCAAAAGCAAAAGGAAGUUUGGAUGGUUUCUGGUUAUCUCCAGUGGAAUUAUAGUAUCGAGCUUGCUGUCCUAUGCACCGACAGUUAUUGCGGUGGCCUGGAGUGUUCCCAUGACUUACGAAGUGUCGCAGAUUUUAACAGUUACUAUUUUCUACGUUAAUGGGAUAAUUAACCCUAUGGUUUAUUUUAUGGCUCAUCCGAGAUCCCGUCAAUAUGUUACAAAAUACUUUGAAUCUUAGAGUUUUCGUUGAGUCAGUAGCUGAUCUGAGGUGUUUGAAGAAAACUUAAAUUUGAAACUUUGAGAUCUUCACUUUCUUCUUCGACAUUUUGCGUAAAAUGCGUAAAAGUUGGCGUCCCAACUUUAAAAAUAAAUUUUAAAACUGUCAUGUUUUUGGGACACCUUUUACCUGGCUCAUAUAUGCACAGUUCUUUCGUUAGACAAGCUAUUUAGAUAAUACUAAUAGCAGUAGAGAUCGUUUUAUUGACAAACAGUUGUUCCAUGACGGACGUAACUUUUAUUGAGUUUCUAAUUCUAUAACAUUGACCUAAUAACUGGAGUCCUUUGUGUUUGUUUCUAUGAUAAUGGUAAAAACUUGUGUUCUGCCGCAUUUUCCCCGUGACUUCUGGAUGAU